CUGAAGCGAUUCACACAUCUUUUCGAACUGAAACUAACUAUAAGUACCUCAAAUUCAAACGAACCAUGGCUGUAGGAGCGAAAACCCCGAUGACCAUCCUGUGUCUGAGCAUCUUUCUCGCUGGUCAUGCGCUGGGCGCAUCCAUAUCCACAUCCACAUCCGGAGGACUACAAGGACGAGCACAGAGGAUCGCCGAGUGCAGGGAGCUCUGCUACCGCCAGUCCAUGCCAGUGGUCACACCACCGCUGCUCUGCCGAUCCCGGCCAGAGUGCUACAUGUGCCACGACUACUGCCGCGUCCUCGACGUUGUCCAGCGCAGUCUGGCCACCUCCAUGUGCGCGGACCGGGAGUUCUGCACCCGCGGAUGCCGGGUGGCCUGCUCGUACCAUCGCCUGAGGAUAUUCCAGUUCCCCCAGGAACUGGCCACUGCCAAUGCGGUGAUCAAGCAGUGAGAAUG